AGGCGGAUGGACACGGUUGUCUACGUGCGUUGAAACCUGCCAAUGUGCUAUGAGAGCUCCGCGGUAUAGUUUGCUAUUCUCUGCCCGAGCCAGGCUUCUGCUCGAGACAGCGGCUGCAAACAUCAGGGUCCUGCGUCCGUGCCGUCGCUCGAUCGGCGAAGGCGUGCUUCCAGCGCUGCCGAUCAUUUGCUCUCCAGCACCUGUUCCUGCUGCAUGUGGCUGUGUACCCCACCCCAGUACUACCCCUCCAUCCACCCACCAUGUCCCUCCGAGCUCUCUCAUCCUUCACACGCACAUCUGCAACUCACCUCCGCAGCCCCAUCACCACCACUCCCAUCAAACACUUCACUACCACCGCACGCAACAUGGGUGUCACCAAGACCGUUCUUGUCGAGGGCGACGGCCCGUCCCCCCAGAAGGGCGACACUGUCACCAUGCUGUACACUGGCUGGCUCAAGGAGGCCGGCAAGAAGGACGGCAAGGGCAAGCAGUUCGACACCACCGAGAAGCCCGGCCGCGGGCCCUUCAAGACACCCAUUGGCGUUGGCCGCGUCAUCCAGGGCUGGGACGAGGGCGUCGUCCAGAUGAAGCUCGGCGAGAAGGCCAGGCUGGACAUCAGCUCUGACUUUGCCUACGGCAGCCAGGACGUCGGCGGCGGUCUGAUCCCGGCCAACUCGGAGCUCAUCUUCGAGGUCGAGCUUAAGAAGAUCAACUAAAAAGUAGACGAUGGAUGAACAGGAUAUCGUUGGUAGAUUGGCAGCUUUGGAAUGGGGUCGCAAGGACGGCUGAGAAGCUGUUCUGGGGCCCCGCCGACAGCGUAAGAACUGUCUUGCUGAAUGCUACGGCUGCUUGCAUGACUCCAAAGCAGAAUUUGCCUCCCCAAUGAACGCCCGACUGUCUCAAACUUUGCGUCCCAUGAUCAUCCCCGUGCAGUCUUCGUUUCCAAAAGUGUGACUAAUUGCACGUCGUUUUGUCCUUCAUAACUCAAAGCUUCGCCAUGACCUUGGAACAGUCACUUGUGCAGUUGAUGUGACAGUUGGGGAGACUGCGACUGGUCAC